AUGGGGAUGGAUGAGCUUAGUGAAGAUGAUAAGUUGAUAGUCGCAUGUGCCUGUAAAAUUCAACGUUUCUUGAGCCAGCCUUUCCAUGUUGCAGAGGUUUUCAUUGGUGCCCCUAGAAAAUACGUGGAGUUCAAAGAAAGCAUUACCAACUUCCAGGGACUUCCCUUCGGCCCUGGCGCCUACCGUUUCGUCAAGCAUUUCGCCCUCCUAAGAGCAAAAGAAAAGCUGCAAAGGCAGAAUCCUCUCGGCCUCGCGACUGCAGUUUUGAAGGUCGAGGCCGAAGGCCGCAAAAGACACGGUCUGAAAAGGCUGUGGUUGAAUCGCCACGUGGCCUUAGGGCCCCACGCUCCAUUUAAUGAAGGUCAGAUCAUCAACCACCAGUCCAGGGCAUUAAAUGCGUUCCCACGGCUAAGAGGGCAGAACCCACGAUCAGGGCGGUGGUCGAGAUUUGCCGAGAUUUAUGGGGGUCACACCACCAUGCUUCUCAACCCUAGACCACCAUGCUUCACGAUCCCAAAUGCCAAUUUGACUACCCACUUGCCCGGCCAGGCUUCACCACGCAGGUCUUGUCAGCCUCGAAUGUCCAUCCAGGACUCCUAUAAAUGCUAA